AUAAGAUACGAAAGACAGAUACACCUGAGCGUAUGCAAUUGCGACAAGUUCCCGUCACAGCUGUGCCAGAUGGUUCGCACGAAUUGGAUGAUGAGGCCAAUUGGAUAUAUCGCUUUGCCUUUUGCAAACAAACCGUAUCCGAGCAGGAGAAAGCCGAUAAUCGUGAGAAAAUGCGUAAACCGCCAACAGCAGUAAAUAAAAUAAAGCAAACACUCGAGUUUAUCCGCAAUCAACAGUUGGAAGUCCCAUUUAUAGCCUUCUAUAGGAAGGAAUAUGUAAAGCCCGAGCUAAACAUAGAUGAUCUGUGGAAGGUUUACUACUACGACGAACGCUGGUGCCAGCUGAACGAGCGCAAGCGCAAACUGAAGGCCUUGUUUGAGAAGAUGCGGCAAUUUCAGUUGGACACGUUGUGUGCGGAUCCGGAGAAGCCACUACCCGAUGAUGUGCGUCUCAUGCUGGACAGUGACUUUGAGCGUCUCAACGAUGUGCAGUCGAUGGAGGAGCUGAAGGAUGUGCAUAUGUACUUUCUUCUCAACUAUUCCCACGAGUUGCCCAAAAUGCAAGCCGAACAACGACGUAAAUUGCUGCAGGAACGUCGCGAAGCCAAGGCCCGGAAGCAAGCUGCGGCCGCAGCAGCUGCUGAUGAAACCGGAGGCGACGCCAAUGACAACAACAACGAUGUCGAGCCGGUCGACCUCGAUGAAACGGAUGAAGCCGAUCAGUUAAACAUGGCCGAUGAGCAACUGAAACAGGCACCAAAUAGUAGCCCCUAUGCGGUAUUCCGCAAAGCUGGGAUUUGUGGGUUUGCCAAGCACUUUGGUCUUACUCCCGAGCAGUUCGCCGAAAACCUACGAGACAAUUAUCAACGUAACGAGGUGACACAGGAGUCGUUAAGCCCCACGGAGAUGGCCAAACAGUAUCUGUCGCCGCGUUUCAUGACUGUGGAUGAGGUUUUGCAUGCAGCCAAAUAUGUGGUGGCACGGCAAUUGGCCCAAGAGCCAUUGUUGCGUAAGACGCUUAGAGAAGUGUAUUUCGAUCGGGCACGGCUCAAUAUUCGGCCCACCAAAAACGGAAUGGUCCUAAUUGAUGAAAACUCACCGGUGUAUUCGAUGAAAUACGUGGCCAAAAAACCAGUGGGCGAUCUCUUUGGCGAUCAGUUCAUCAAGCUGCUAAUGGCUGAGGAGGAGAAACUACUGGAUAUCCAAUUCCUCGAGGAGUUCGAAGGAAAUGCCAAUGCCAAUGGUCCACCUGGUGAUUAUGUGGAGGAGGCCAAGGCUUUGUACCAUCUCGAUCAGUUCUCAAAGCAUGUUCUCGAGUGGAAUACCCUGCGUGCCGAGUGCGUCCAGUUGGCAUUGAAGAAGUGGGUCAUACCCGAUCUCAUCAAAGAGUUGAGGGCAACACUCCACGAAGAGGCCCAACAGUUCGUACUGCGCUCCUGCACAGCCAAGUUGUACAAAUGGCUCAAGGUGGCGCCCUACAAACCAGAAUUCCCUCAGGACUACAGCUACGAUGACUGGAGCACUCUACGUGGAAUACGCACACUGGCUUUGGCCUACGAUCCAGAUCAAUCCGUGGCUGCAUUCUGCGCUGUCACCACUGUGGAGGGUGACAUAUCCGACUACCUCCGUUUGCCAAACAUACUCAAGCGCAAGAACUCACACAGCUCCGAGGAGAAGGCCCAAAAACUGGCUGAUUUACGGAAGCUAAGCGACUUCAUUAAGAUGAAGAAACCGCAUAUUGUGGUAAUUGGGGCCGAGUCACGGGAUGCCCAAAUGAUUCAGACAGACAUAAAGGAUAUACUCAAAGAGCUUGAAACGUCCGAGCAAUUUCCGCCCAUUGAAGUGGAGAUAGUUGACAACGAACUGGCUAAAAUCUAUGCCAAUUCCAAGAAGGGGGAGUCGGACUUCAAGGAGUAUCCAGCUCUGUUGAAGCAAGCUGUGUCCCUGGCCCGCAAAAUGCAGGAUCCUCUGGUGGAGUAUUCCCAGUUGUGCGAUGCCGACGACGAGAUCCUUUGUCUACGCUAUCAUCCGCUGCAGGAACGAGUGCCCAAAGACCUCUUGCUGGAGCACCUCAGCCUAGAGUUCAUCAAUCGUACUAGCGAGGUGGGAUUGGACAUUAAUAUGAUGGUACAGAAUUCGCGAACAGUCAAUCUAUUGCAAUAUACCUGUGGUCUGGGUCCCCGCAAGGGACAGGCCUUGCUUAAGCUACUGAAGCAAAGCAACCAGCGCCUGGAAAACCGGACGCAAUUGGUCACCGUUUGCCACUUGGGUCCCAAGGUGUUCAUCAAUUGCAGUGGUUUCAUUAAGAUUGACACUAGCUCACUGAGAGAUUCAACGGAAACCUAUGUGGAGGUGUUGGAUGGGUCACGUGUCCAUCCGGAGACCUACGAAUGGGCCCAUAAGAUGGCCAUCGAUGCAAUGGAGUAUGACGACGAAAAGACCAACCCGGCUGGAGCUCUCGAGGAGAUACUGGAGUCACCGGAACGUCUUAAAGAUCUCGAUUUAGAUGCUUUCGCGGUUGAACUUGAGCGUCAGGGUUUCGGCAGCAAAAGCAUUACCCUCUAUGACGUAAGGAAUGAGCUCAGUUGCCUCUACAAGGAUUACCGUUCACCGUACCAUAAGCCCAGCUCUAAGGAGCUUUUUGAUAUGUUGACCAAGGAGACACCUGAUUCGUUCUAUGUGGGUAAAUUCGUCACAGCUAUGGUAACUGGUUUUACUUAUAAUCGGCCGCAGGACGAGCAACUGGAUAAUGCCAAUCACGCAAGGAAAAGACAGCCAGACCCAUUUCGCCACAAUAACAGUGACAAUAUUUAUCGGGGACAGAUUUACGGUGUGAUGCUCAGACUAGAUAAUGGAUUGCCAGGAUUCAUACACGUUAGGAAUUUGUCGGAUAAACCAGUACCUAAUCCAGAAGAACUAUUGCACAUCUCUCAAUCGAUUUAUGUCCGUGUCAUUCAUGUGGAUAUCGAUCGCAUAUCCGUUAGUUGCUCCUUCAAGACAACUGAUGUCAACGAUGUGAAAAAUAAGUGGCGACCUAAACGAGAUGCCUUCUAUGACUAUUUCUCAGAACAGUCGGAUAGCCGUAAAUUGCCGGCGACCAAGAAGAUCGAGACGAAAACGGCUUUCACACAUCGCGCUAUAGCCCAUCCUAGUUUCUUCAACAAAUCCUAUGUCGAAGUCAUGGCUAUGCUGGCUAGAGCCGAGCAGGGUGCCGUUGUAUUGCGUCCGAGUAGCAAGUUCAAUGAUCAUUUAUCUGCCACCUGGAAGGUGACCGAGGAAAUCUUCCAACACAUUGGCGUGCGUGAAGAGGGCAAGGAGAAUGAUUACAGUUUGGGACGAAGUCUCUGGAUUGGCACCGAGGAAUUCGAGGAUUUGGAUGAAAUUAUUGCCCGCCACAUCACUCCCAUGGCCUUGGCGGCUCGUGAACUGCUGCGGUACAAAUAUUACAAGCCCAAUUUGACACCCGCCAAUGGGAAUGAACGGGAUUACAUGGAACAGGUACUACGCGACGAGAAAGCCAAGGAUCCGAAGAAGAUUCAUUACUUCUUCACUGCUUCCAAGAGUAUGCCUGGUAAAUUUCUGCUCGCCUAUUUACCCAAGACAAACGUGCUGCAUGAAUAUGUCACCGUCAUGCCGGAGGGUUAUCGUUUUCGUGGCCAGAUCUUUGAAUCGGUUGAGAGUUUGUUGUGUUGGUUUAAGAUGCAUUCGACGGGUUCAACUGCUUUGCCGGGCACUAGUAGUUUAAGUACUAGACCCCGGAUGAUGCAUCCGCCUCCGCCCAUGUCAGUAGCUUCUGGUCGCGAUAGAUUAAUUGGCAGUAGUGCUUAUAGUGUUACGAGUAGCAUGUUCAGUGGCGGACAAAGAAGUGCUGUGAGUGUUGCUCCUUCAAGCAGUGUGGGCAGAGGUGGCAGCUACUCAAGUGCGUACUCCAAUUCGCAAGCCAUAAGUAAUACUUAUGGCUUCAUUCUAAAUAGUCCUUCAUCAUCGACCACCAGUCAUUAUGGUAGAUCAAGCACAGCCUCCUUGACGGGUGGCUCCUCUCAUAUGAGUAUGCCUUACACACUCGGCAAUGAUCCAUUGUUGUUCUACGGUACCAGCGGAACGAAUGGCUUCAGCACUGGUGGACAAAUGGGACAUCGAAGGGCAAAUUAGUCUGGUCGUAGCCAUCGACAGCGUUAAGAGCAUGAACAACAACAACAUUCUCCAAAGUUCCCAAGGUCAUUUAGGUCCAUUUAGUGGUCCAGCCAUUUCGCCCACACAUAAAUAGCACUCCACUUUGCAUGGAUAUGAGUUGUGCCACGCCCCUUUUGGAUGAGAAGUAAUAUACACACACAUACACACACUAUACACACUUCUGGAGUAUAUUAGAGAUUGCUGACUGAUCAACUAAAAACCGCCGACAUAGUCUAGCAGGAUUAGUUACUAAUUAUAUAAAUUGUGAUUUGAAAUCGUUAUUUCUAUAUACCCAAAUAAUCCAAUAAACAUAAUAUACACACAUA